AUGGCGGAGGCUCUAAACUUUGUGGCAAUGGAGCACUACCGCUUCAAAAGCGACGGACUGACGACACGCACGUCGGUGGACCAGGAGGAUUGCGAGUCCAGCUGUAGCCUCUUCUUCUUCCCGCUGCCGGAGCUGCCCCUGGACCAGCAGCUACAGCUACAACAGCUCAGCCUCGUCAACACGGAUCUGGAGCCGCUUCUAAUGCGUGAGAAACACGUCAAGUACCUAAAACGUGGUUUGACGCGGUUGCCAGCGGGGUUUGUGUCGCUCGACGCCAGUCGCCCGUGGAUUAUCUAUUGGGUUCUCCAUGCGUUAGACCUGUUGGGCGCUCUACCGGAGGAGGAGACGGAUCGAGUCAUUGGCACAUUGAAGCACUGCUGGAACGACGACCUCGACGGUGGCUUUGGUGGAGGCCAAAAGCAAUUGGGCCACACAGCCACCACCUACGCGUCAUGCCUGACACUCGCUCUGCUGGGAACACCAGAGGCCUUGGAUACCGUGGACCGACACAAACUGUACCGGUUUUUCAUGUCCAGGAAGCACGCGGCCACAGGAGCGUUCACUGCUCACGACGGAGGUGAGGUGGACGUCCGCGUGACGUACUGUGUCAUCUCCAUUGCCAGUUUGUACGGGAUCCUGACGGAUGAGCUGAAGACUGGCGUCGUGGACUACAUUCUGUCGUGUCAGACGUACGAGGGAGGCUUUGGUGGCGAGCCAGGAAACGAGGCUCAUGGAGGCUACGCGUUCUGCUCCGUCGCGGCGCUCUACAUCCUCGAUGCUGUGGAUCAGAUCCGAGAUCUCCCUGGGCUGCUGCACUGGCUGGCGAACCGACAGAUGCCGUUUGAAGGAGGUUACCAAGGACGGACUAACAAACUGGUGGACGGUUGCUACAGCUUCUGGCAGGGCGCUGUGCCCGCGCUACUCGCUGAGGUUGUAAGGGAGCGAUACGGUGACGAUGUGCCGUACCAAUGUCAUCGGGAACAGCUGCAGAAGUACAUUCUGCUCUGUGGACAAGAGAUCACCGGAGGACUGCGUGACAAGCCAGGAAAGCCGCGUGAUCACUACCACUCGUGCUAUUGUCUGAGCGGGCUGUCCGUGGCUCAGCAUGGAGAAGGCAGAGGUAAACCAGUCGUGUACGGAGACGCAUCUAACCUGGUGACUCGCACACAUCCCGCGUACAACAUCAGCUAUGACAAGGCGAUGAAGGCGAUCGAGUAUUUCAACAAGAAAGGUCCAUUCCAGCCUCAGUAGAACGAACAGGUGACGUGCUUACCCAGACAAAAUGGAGGCUUGCUUAUCUGGUCUAUGACUGUGCUGUGUCGCUAUGUGGUUGAUAACUAUAAAGGGGGGAGUUUAUCGGGUUUAUCGACAUCGUGAUCCUUGUGACUCAGAUUAUGCACGGAUGGAGACCCACCCAGUUUGGGCAAUGGAGGCUGGAAAGUCGAGGCGGAUGAGUGGGAACCGUGAUGGCCAGGAUGAUGUGCGGCCAACGAGCUUUUCCGCUUCUCUCGGUCUCGCACGGACUGACCUGUCGGAGCUUCAGCCAUCAAGAUCGCUUUGGAGACUGAAGACCCGCUCCCUGCGUUCCGUUGCUGCUUGAGUUUGGCUUUAUCUUUCCGCCGCUGACGUCGUUGGAAGGGCGUUUCCUCGUCGUCAGAGCUCACGUUGUGCGUGCUGGAGUUGGGGUGAGCGCCGUGAAUGAUGCCACUUCCCUUCACUGAAAAUGGCUGCUUGGCUUGGGGGAAACUUUGCUUGGACUUGCUACCGGCCCGCUUGACUUUUGGAGAUGGCUUCUUCUCAGCUGCUGUGUGUCCAUUCUCCUGCGACUGUGAAGCACCUAAAUAAUGGUCCAGCGACAUGCCACUGACGUCGGAUAUUGGAGCGGGUUUCUUAGCGAGCUGAGGCGCCAACACUCGCAGAGAUCCUGCUCUGGAUAAUUUCUCUUGUGCGCCGUCGUCCUCUUUGACGUGGAGA